ACCAAACAUUUGAAAAACAAAACUACUUCCAAAACGGCGAAAUUUUACCAUCCUAAAGAAUUUGUAUAAUUAAGGUAAGUAUGAUAUGAUAAUAAUAUACUUAAAUUAAUCAUCCCGAAAAUGACAGUUGUAUUUUAUUGAAAAUAAAUUUUUGUGUUUAGGCUAAAAAAGAACCGUAUACAUUCAAGAACUAUAAAAACUUUCGGCAGUAUAUAUCGUAUAAAAAACAGUUUAGUUUCAGAAACAUUUUAUUGUUAUAAUUUUUAAUUCAAGUUGUAUAAUCGUUAAGUAAUGAGAAGAAACAUCCAAAGGCUGAAGCAUGUGGAGGAAAUUGAUAUUUUCCCUAAAGUGCCUGAAGAUUACAAGAAAACUACUGCGACCGGUGGCACAGUAACUAUAAUUAGCUUCAUAACGAUUUUCAUACUUGUAUGUUCAGAAAUUGUAUACUACAGUUCAAGUCAAUUGAAAUUUCAAUAUGGUGUAGAUCAUGAUAUAGAUAGUAAAUUGCAGAUAAAUGUGGAUUUAACAGUAGCCAUGCCAUGUUCCACCAUAGGUGCAGAUAUCUUAGAUGUAACUAAUCAAAAUGCUGAUUCAUUUGGAGAGCUUGAAGAAGAGCCAACUGUCUUUGAAUUACCAAUGAUGCAAAGAGCACAGUUUGAUACACUUCAAAAAAUUAACUUAUACAUUAGAGAAGAAUAUCAUGCGAUUCAAGAUCUUAUUUGGAAAAAUGGAUACACAAAUAUAUUAAAGCAUGUGCCUACUGGUGAUGCAAAAGCAAAAGGUACUCCCGAUGCGUGCCGUCUCAAGGGUUCAUUGGUUGUUAAUAAAGUAGCUGGAAAUUUUCAUAUAACUGCUGGAAAGCAUAUACCUCACCCUGCUGGUCAUGCCCAUAUCUCAGCAUUUCUAAAAGAAUCAGACUACAAUUUUUCUCAUAGAAUUGAACAAUUUUCAUUUGGAGAACCUAGUGUAGGAGUUUUUGAGCCUUUAGAAGGUGAUGAAAAAAUAGCAUCGUCAAAUUUCCAUUUAUAUCAGUAUUAUUUAAAAAUAGUCCCCACAGAAAUAAUUCAUAAUAAUCAGAAGCAAAACACCUAUCAAUAUUCUGUGACAGAACAAGCUCGCCCAAUAGACCACAAGUCUGGAAGUCACGGAGUACCUGGUAUUUAUUUUAAAUACGAUAUGUCAUUUGUUAAAGUCAAAGUAUCUAUAGAAAAGCAUUCCAUUUGGAGAUUUGUUGUUCGUUUAUGUGGUAUUGUUGGAGGAGUAUUUGCUACUUCAGGUAUUGUAAGUGCUCUAUUCACUGCUAUUGUUGAUUAUGUAUGUUGUAAAAGAAACCAGACAAGAAAUUCCCAUAGGACUAUACCAGCAACAAAUUUAUCAGUUAUAAAUUUAAUAAAUGAUGAGAAUUUGUUAAAAACAAAUCAAGCAUUUCAUAUAUAAUUUAUGUAAUCUGAAUUAAAAUUAUUUAAUGUAAAUAGGUUAUUUUUAUAGAAAUUUU